GUAGACGCAGCGUCAUGUUGAUGAUGUAACAUCUUGUCACAGCAGCUUUCAUCAUGGCGGACGGCUAACAUAGUAGCUAGCCUAGCUGGACCCGCCUUUCUGCUGCUUCUUACCACUAUAAAACUGGACUAAAUCAAGCAUGAUGGCGAUAAUGAAGCUUUCUACACCCAUCCGGUUUUGCAGGUUGCGCUAAUGAUCUCAUGGAGAGAACAGAUUUUGAGGGGUGGCUGGAGUCAAUCUCAGCCAGUUUUCUUACGCUAAACGACCAGCAGCGCAUCCAGUCUUUAGACCACCUUAUAUCCAUCAGUGGUGCUGCCCAGCUUCGUCACUUGUCUAAUGGACUCGAGGCGCUCCUCAAACGUGACUUCGUGCGACUCCUGCCUCUGGAACUGGCUUUCUAUUUGCUGCGCUGGUUAGAUCCACAGACUUUACUCACCUGCUGCCUCGUGUGCAAGCAAUGGAAUAAAGUGAUAAACUCAUGCCUGGAGGUGUGGCAGAGUGCUUGUCGUAAGCUUGGCUGGAGGAUCGAUGAGUCCAUUCAGGAUGCAUCCCAUUGGAAGGGUGUCUACAUUAAGGCUAAACUGCGAAUGAUGCAGUUGAAGGAUCAGAAGGCCUUUGAGACGUCCUCACUGAUUGGCCACAGUGCUCGUGUGUAUGCUCUCUACUAUAAGGAUGGUCUACUCUGUACAGGAUCUGAUGAUCUGUCUGCCAAAUUAUGGGAUGUUCGCACUGGGCAGUGCAUUUAUGGAAUUCAGACUCACACGUGUGCCACAGUUAAGUUUGAUGAGCAGAAGCUGGUGACUGGAUCCUUUGACAACACUGUUGCAUGCUGGGAGUGGAGCACAGGGGCCAAAAUUCAACAGUUCCGUGGCCACACAGGAGCAGUUUUCAGCGUGGAUUACAAUGAUGAGCUGGAUAUGCUGGUCAGCGGUUCUGCAGACUUUACUGUGAAGGUCUGGGCUCUGGCAGCCGGUGCCUGUCUCAACACUCUGACUGGACACACUGAAUGGGUUACCAAGGUGAUACUACAGAAAAGUGAGGUGGAGUCGAUGGUGCACAGUCCUGGUGAUUAUAUUCUUCUAAGUGCUGACAAGUAUGUAAUUAAGGUUUGGCCUUUAGGAAAAGAAAUAAACUGUAAGUGCUUAAAGACCCUGUCAGUGUCAGAAAACCGCAGCAUCAGCCUUCAGCCCCGUUUGCAGUUUGAUGGACGCUACAUUAUCUGCAGUUCUGACCUUGGAGUGUACCAGUGGGACUUUGCCAGUUUUGAGAUUCUCAGGGUGAUAAAAUCGCAGGAUCCAGCCAACCUGUCUUUGCUUAGUUUUGGCGAAGUGUUUGCCCUCCUUUUUGACAACCAUUUCCUCUAUGUGAUGGAUCUCAGGACAGAAACAAUUUCAGGCCGCUGGCCUUUACCACCUUACAGGAAAUCGAAACGUGGAUCCAGUUUCCUGGCUGGUGUUACCUCUUGGCUCAAUGGUUUGGACGGAGACAAUGACUCUGGACUUGUGUUUGCCACCAGCAUGCCAGACCACAGCAUUCACUUAGUACUAUGGAAAGAAAACAUGUAUCAAACCUGACGCCACGACAGGACAAUUUUAUUUUAUUUCUUUUUUUUUGGUCAAAUCAGUGAAGACAAAAACUAAACAUGUCUUGACAAUGACUUUAAACCAUGUGUUCAAAAUAAACCACUCUUAACA